UACAUCGUCUUUCGCGUGAAGACCUGGAAGCCCUCAGACGCGCUUUCUCCAUUUACGAUCAGAAUGGAGAUGGCCAAAUCGACGCAGCUGAACUCAAAGGUGUUAUGUGGCGUUUGGGUUAUAAACCAUCAGAUGCUGAGGUGCGAGAGAUGAUUCGAAAAGUCGAUUUCGACAGUAAGAUCCAUUCAAUUAUACGGCAUUUGAAUUUAGAAUCCGGAACAAUAAGCUUCCCAGAGUUCAUCGCAAUGAUGGUUCAAAAGCAGCGCCACGCCGAAACAGAUGCGCACUUGAGAAUCGCAUUCCAGUUCUUCGACAGGAAUGGUGAUGGAUACAUUUCACCUGAAGAGCUGCGAUCGGUUUUGUAUAAAUAUCGUAAGAACCUGACGCAUCAAGAAACCGAGGCCAUUCUACGAUCAGUGGAUAUUGAUCGAGAUGGAAGACUGAAUUAUGAAGGUAUGUAA